AGGAAAUCCCAGCCAGCUGCCGUGGGGGGCCACCCGCCUUUCCUCUCUUCUCCUCGCCUCUCCUCACGUCGCCCAGCCGCCGCGUCGAGGCGAGCUGAGCCAGCCCUGCGUGUGUGUGCAUGCGUGGGCGGGGGGGCUGCCGCAUGGAUUUAGUGAAGGCUGGGAGGGAACACAUGGGUUGGGUUUUUUUUUCUUGGCCCACGGUGGCUGUCUGUCCUGCCGGCCGCGGUUAUGGAUUCAAUCAUUAUUCAGGAGCGGUUAGUGGAGCGGCUGCUUUCUCCCCGGACGCAGGCACAGCGAAGCCACCCAGCCAAGCUGAAGGACCAUGAGAAGCAGUAUGUGGGCUUUGCCACUCUGCCGAACCAGGUCCACCGAAAAUCCGUGAAGAAGGGUUUCGACUUCACCUUGAUGGUCGCAGGAGAGUCGGGUCUGGGCAAAUCCACGCUGGUGAAUAGCCUGUUCCUGACAGACCUCUACAAAGACAGAAAGCUCCUCAACGCAGAGGAGAGAAUCAACCAGACAGUGGAGAUCGUCAAACACACGGUGGACAUUGAGGAGAAGGGCGUCAAGCUGAAGCUGACCAUAGUGGACACACCAGGCUUUGGAGAUGCUGUUAACAAUACUGAGUGCUGGAAGCCCAUCACUGACUACAUCGACCAGCAGUUUGAACAGUAUUUCCGAGAUGAGAGCGGCCUGAACCGGAAGAACAUCCAGGACAACCGAGUGCAUUGCUGCCUCUACUUCAUCUCGCCCUUCGGGCACGGGCUGAGGCCUGUGGAUGUUGAGUUCAUGAAGGCUCUGCAUGAGAAGGUCAACAUUGUGCCCCUGAUUGCCAAAGCCGACUGCCUGAUCCCCUCUGAGAUCCGGAAGCUAAAAGAGAGGAUCCGGGAAGAGAUUGACAAAUUUGGCAUUAAAGUGUACCAGUUUCCUGAGUGUGACUCUGAUGAAGAUGAGGAGUUCAAGCAGCAAGAUAGAGAGCUGAAGGAGAGUGCUCCCUUUGCCGUCAUUGGCAGUAACACUGUGGUGGAGGCGAAAGGCCAGCGAGUCCGUGGACGGCUCUACCCCUGGGGCAUUGUGGAAGUGGAAAACCAGGCACACUGCGACUUCGUGAAGCUGCGGAACAUGCUGAUCCGGACACAUAUGCAUGACCUGAAGGACGUCACUUGUGAUGUUCAUUAUGAGAACUACCGAGCUCAGUGCAUCCAGCAAAUGACCAGCAAGCUGACUCAGGACAAUAGGAUAGAAAGUCCAAUUCCUAUCCUGCCUCUCCCAACACCGGACACUGAGACAGAGAAGCUGAUCAAAAUGAAGGAUGAGGAGUUACGGCGGAUGCAAGAGAUGCUGCAGAAGAUGCAGCAACAGAUGCAGGAUCAGUGAGAGGCAGGUACUCGGAGGACAGAGGGAAUCCUCCAGUGACCAUCUGAGGCCUGGCAAGAGCUGUGGAUGUUUAGAAAAGGUUUCCCAUUUUAUAGAGACUUGUGGGCAAGAGCUGCACCCGCACCCUCUAAUUUAUUAGCAGCAAUGGUGGCUUUGCGGUCAGCGGAUUGUGGAGGAGGCUGUUCACUAACAGUUUACUGAUGUGUAUUUCUUUUUUUAAUAAUGAUUUUUUUUUUUUUUAAAGAAAAUAGCCUGGGAAGUCUCAAAGGCAUCCUAAAAAA